UCGGAUGGGAAAUAUUCUGCAUAUGCCCAAAUUAAUAUUUAAAUUAGGUUAAGUUGCGACGGCGGUUUUCAUUGGCUGCUAAAAGGAUACAUGGUGCUCUCAAACUCCCAUCAUCCAAUGCUGCAUCCUACAGCGUCCAUCUUCCGACACAUUUCUUACCACUGCGAUAAAGAAAAAGCUAUAUUUUGUCGACAUUUUGAUAAUAUAUCUGAAUAGAUAUUGAGAGUCUGUGUAUAUAUAUAUUUCCUCUUUUAUACGGCAUCGUAUUUUUGAGACAAACUAGCAAGAAAACUACGACGAUAGCGUAUUUUUCUGUCUAAAUCUUUUGGUACCAAAACCAAAAUUAUUUCUGAAAAUAUAUUUGUAUAUAUUUGUAAAUAAUUGUUGUACAUAAAACGAGACAUAAAGUAGCCAGCUAAGUUUUUUAUUGACACAGAAUAUAGUCCUUUUGAUUGUUACGUCUUAGUGUUUUGUAUUUGCCUGCAGUUGAAGGAAUUUUGUAGUAUUUAAAUUUUUUAACAUAUAAUUUUGAUCGAUAUUGUUUCAUACUUAUAUUAUAGAAAUGUUCAACACUAACCUUAAUAAAGUUUUGAGAAGCGUUUUAAUUGCAGGGGAUUCCAACCUGAAGCAGCUUGUACCAAUGUUUGAAUACCCAGUUAGAACACUGUGCAUACCUGGUGCCAAAGUACAGAAUGACCGGAAAGAAUUCUAUUCCCAACUGAUGAGUGCCAUGAAGACAGAAAACCCGGACCAGAUUGUUCUGCAUCUAGGUUCGAAUGAUGUAUUUGGUGAUGUUGAAUCAACUUUGAGAUCUUAUAGAUUCCUGAUAGAGAAUUUGCUGCUGAAAUUUAAAUCGUUGCAAAUAGGUAUUUGUGGCAUACUUCCCCGUGCAGUAAACCACUAUGAGAGUAGUUAUUGGAACAUGUCAGCAUUGCCAAGACUGCAGAGAGAUGUCGAGAAAUUGAACGCUGGUAUACAGUCUUUAACUUGUGGUUACAGUAGAUGUUUUUUUAUUGAUUAUGCACAGCUCUUUAAACCUGCUGUUCAUCUUGGAAGGGACGGACUUCAUGUAAAUAGAAAUGGAGCUUUUAUUUUGAAGAUGACUAUAGAGAACUAUUUAGCAGAGAGACAAAAGUGUGUUACAUCCGUGACUGCAACUUUAUCUCACGUACAUGUACCUGAUGUAGAAUCUUUGUCACCCAAGAUGACCUAUGCAGAAGUGGUGAGACUACCAGUACCUUCUUCUGAUACAGGAAAGAGACCUUUUGACACGGAUGCUGAACAUCAGAAUUCCUCUAGAACCCCUUCUAAGAGGAAGAGAUUGUCUUCAGCUGGGGCAAGAAGAUCAAAUAAUAAAAGAUCUCACAGAAAACCAAGAGGAACUUAUAAAACAGGAUACAGUUUAAAGAGGAAUGAAAUAGUCCUAGAUGUUACUGAGGAUCUGGCUGUUAUCUUGUCAUCCUCAGUCAUUCAUAGUUUCUAUCAGACUGACACGAAAAAGCAAUCUGUGGAAUCCUUACAAGUGAAGCAAUCAAAGAAAACAGCUGUGACUAAGAAAGAAAAAAAAAGCACUUAUAAUUGUCCUGUUUGUCCAGUAAUAUGCUCCAGAGAAGAUUUUCUGAUAGACCAUGUUAUUUGCUGUCAUGCUAAAAAAGGCAAAACUCACUUAGUCAAAGAUCUUUCUCUUCAGGUACCAAUAACUGAGGAACCUGUAGAGGAGCUUAGGAGUUCCUAUGACGAGAAUGAUAAACACAUAGCAUAUGGUAGUGUAUACAUAGAGGGUUAUGAAGUGGAUUGUAUUAUUCCAUCACAAACAGAGUUUACAGAGAGUGAUGAAGUGGAGUGUAGUAUUCCAACAACAAUAGAGUUUACAGAGAGUGAUGAACUGGAGUGUAGUAUUUCAACAAUAGAAUUUGCAGAGAGUGAUGAAGUGGAGUGUAGUAUUCCAACAACAAUAGAUUUUGCAGAGAGUGAGGAAGUACAGUCUAGUAGUCCCACAAGAAUAGAGUUUGCACUAACAACAGUGAAGGUUUUGGCAAUCAGAUGUUGGAAGAACUUCAAAAGGUUUAUCCUGCAUCUCUGUGGGGAUGUUGAAGAAAAUCCAGGACCUACAAUGGUAGAUCUGAAGUGCAAGUGGGAGCAGUGUACAGAGGACAAGUUCGCUGAUAUUCGUCUAUUAGCCCAGCACGUGAUUUCGCACAUUCAUCCUGGAAUUCUUUGCCAAUGGGAAGAAUGUGUAUAUUGUUGUCCAAAUGAACAGUACAAACUGGAAAUUCAUGUGCUACAACAUAUAUACUUGGAACAGUUUACUUUUCAGUCAAUUGAAGAAUGGGGAAGAGCACUUCCUUCAGGACAGUUUUCAGAGAAUUGUACUGAUCUUCACUUGUGUCCUCCUAAUUUGAAAAUUAAGUUAGGACUCCCAUUGUUAGAUGAAGAAUUUAGUAUGCCAUCUCAGUACCCGUAUACUGUUAAAGAUCAUCAGCUUUAUGUACUACAAUUACAGACAGAGAAUCCAGAAAAUUAUGAAAGAUUAGUAUCUGCCUUUCAACAAAAGGUUGAAACCAUGAGUGAUACUACAGCUAGUCAAUCAGAAACUAAACCCUCAACUUCUACUAAUGGUAAUACCACAGAGCUGACAAUCCAGGGAAUUGAUCAAUUGGCUGUCUUGAACUCUAACAUGACACGCUCAAGUCAACAGGUUAUUGUCACAAACCGUCCUGAGCUGACAGGUACCAAUCAGAGUACAGUAAAAUUUACACUCAGAGAUGAAACAGAAAUAGUAACAAGGAAGUAUAUCUCAAGCAACUCUAAGAAGAGAAAAUACGUAGCCUCCAGCAUUCAAAACCUUAAUGAUCUAAUAACAAACUUAAAUAUGUGUAGACAGGCUAUUUUGGUGGAACAUAAUAUAAUCAGCAAAAUGCAAGAUAUGAAAUUUCUUGAUCCAAAUAAUUGUCUAUUUUUAUUUGAGGAAGCUGCUAUUAAUAUGUCAACUUAUCCAGACUGCUCUGAAGGAGUUUUCAUUUUUUCAAUCUUUGAUAUUGAGAUUGAAAAUCACAAUGCACCUGUACAUUAUAUACGAUACAUAGAAUCAGGAUAUUACAAACAUUUCAUGGAGGAGACUUUUCUGGAUGUAAUAUGUCAAACUUUAGGAAUUCUGCAAGAUAAUGUAUUCUUAUGCAACAUCCUAACUGGUGGAGAUCAGCAGAGAAUGCUCAUCGAAAAGAAAAACAAGGACUCAAGAAAAUCUAGAACACGCCCUGACAAAAUUUAUGCCAACAAUUUAAAGAGCUUAAAAUCUAGAAGACAACAAUUGUGUGAAAAAGUUAAAGACUUUUGUGACAUUGAACUAGCUGCUUGUUUUGUGCACACUGCUAGACAUGGUUAUAAAGUUAAGAUAGAUUCAGAUGCCAGUGAUGGUCUUUACUUUUCAUCUAACAAUGAACUAUUCCACACAGAAAUCAUACAAAACAAGAUACUUCAUUACCCAGAAGUGAAAAAUGCAGAAGUUAGUGACAAAUGCUCAGAUGACUUUAUGAAGCCUCUCCCUGUUAAUAAUGUUAAUAACCUAUGUUACAAAAGUUGCAUGAUUAACUUUCUAUCAAAUGAUCACAACAGAUUCCUUGGAAAAGAAAAUUUGCGCUAUCAUUACAGAUUUUCAACAAGUCCAAAGGCCACCUCUUUGAGAAAUCGGGUAUUGUACUUGUACAAAAAUCAUCAGCUGAAUGAACUUCAAACCAUUUACUCAUCUUUCCAACAAGAAGACCAGAAUCAAGAAAACAUAAAUAACCAAAAUAUGAAUGAUCCCACUGGAGAACCUCAAACAAAAAGAACAAGGACAUUUAUUCCACGGAAGAAAAUUCUGACAAAAGAAAUGGCUUUGCAGACUAUUUCAGGACAAAAUGUGGAAAAUAUGUUCAAAAAAGUAAAUUUAUAUGAUAACUACAAGAAAAAUCUUUUACAGAAUCGAAGUUUUAUUAUCCAGGUUUACGAUGAAGAGAAAGUUAUUGCAAUUAUGAAUGAUUAUGAUGAUGAAAGUGGGGAAUUUAGAAGCUCUGAUUAUGUAAAAACAUCAAGGGAUCUUUUCGAGAACGGUUAUUUUUACACUUGCAACUGUCGUAUCUAUCGUACCUUGUUGGAAUCCCUGGAUAACAAUAUGGAACAGUUUGAUGCUCUGGAUGAAAAUGGUAUUAAAUGCAUGCAUUGUCGUUUUUUGCAUCAAGAGGUAUCACCAAAUUUGGAAAGGAAUGAGCAAGCAACCGUAACAAACAUUCAAGUAGUCAUACAAGAUGCUCUGUUAUACAAGGAUAGGAAAAUUAUUGAAUUGCCAACUACAAGACCAGGAACCAAAAAAUUUUCAAUUUUGAUAGAUGAUGACAUUUCAUUAGUUCAUUUGACAUUCAAUUCACGUCUUCAGCGCUAUAUAGUUUCCUGCUUGAAUGGAUUAUGUAAAAGUAAAAAAGUUCGCAAGAAAAAUGUUGACUGUCUUAAUACUGAUCAAAAUUUAUGUGUUCAUUUGUCUGAGCUGAAGAAAGCUCCUCAUUUUUGGACAGAAUUUAGCAAACCUGAAGCUGCAGUGAACACUGAAAAUGAUGAGAAUAUACAGCUUAUUGACCAGGAAAUUCAAGAAAUUACUGGCAAUGACAUGGAAGAAGAAAUUCCUACAAUGAAUUCCUGUGACUCUAAUUUUGAUGUGACUAGUGGACUUUGGUCAUUUCCAUGCAUAAGUAGUCAUAAACCACGAAAACAACAAGAUCCCAAUCUAGUUCAGAAUAUACAACAUCGUUAUAUAUUGGGCGCUCUUAACUUUAACAAUGUUGAAAAUGGAUGCAUUAAAGGUCCACAUCUUAUUCCAGAUAUUCCAACUUCAGUUUGUCCAUGUGGCGCAGGAUGGACAAGUAAUCAGCAGCUAAAUGGUGUAACUACAUUUUCCAGAGUACUCACUAUCUAUACAAAAAUAGCACCAGUACAGUGUCAGGUAUAUAGCAGAAGCUGUGUUAAUGAAGAAUCACCAUAUAAAAAAGACUGGGAUGAAGGAGAUAAAGAAUGUUUACAUGUAGUUACCCGAGAUACUGCAGCUGGAGAUGAAAUUGGUUGGGCAUUUGUAAACCAGGUUUUGUCCACUAAAAUAACCUUUUCAGCAUUCUGUGAUUUAAAAACUAAAGACUACAAAGAAUGCAAUCCUAAUUUCAGGUCAUUUAUGGAUUCAUCUGUAUUCAUAAAGUGGUGGUUUAGUUGGGCAUCUAAUAUGAAGAUUGACUUUAUAAACCUUGUCCUAUCUACAAAUUUAGACCUAAACAACUUGCUUGUGAUGGAACGAAAGUUGGUAUUGGAUUCAGACAUGCUUCUUUUGAUGAAAUAAGUAAACCAGAUAAUCCUGACAAUACACUUCCUACAUUACAUCGUAGAAUGGCAAGAUGCUUCCUUUUCGACAGAGUUGGAGAUAAAGAACAACUUAAUACUGCCAGACACCAUUUGAACUACUUAGCGAAGUUAAACCUUGAUAAAGUUCCACCUCAGGAAAUAUUAUCUGAUGAAGAAACUCAGCAGAGAAACAACAUACUACUAGAAAUAUUGGACAACUCAGUAAGGCCUUCUUUCGAACGCUUACUUAAUAACAUGCCAGAUGUGGAAAAGAUAUCUUAUGCCUUCAUAUUGCAUAUGCUUUGCACUACUGCACCAGUUAUCAGUUUAAUUCCCUAUUCGUACUUAAAUAAUCUAACUGAGUUAUUAGACCACAUUAGUGGCCUUAAUAUAAAUGCUGCUGGAAAUGGCUUUUACAACAGAAAAAUGUAUGAAAUGAGAGAGUAUGCUCCAGAAUUAAGAGAUUUGAUUGCUUCAUCCAUGCUUAGUCAUACCAAUCCUCAAGGAAAUAAUUUUGUUCCCGAUGAUGUCAUUACAUUUAUUCGAUAUUUGAUCAAAUGUGUUGCAGAUAUGGAGAUCACUCAACCAGAUCCUGCAAAUCCACAACCAGGAACAUAUAACCCAGCUAAGUAUGGAAGAGCUUACUACUUUUCAGAAACUGGUGAAAAAUUGCGCCCCGUUAGAAAAUUUACCAUUGACGGUGAGAAGAGAAAAAACCCAGCAUAUGAUGACCCACCUCUUCCCCAUGACAACUGUGAGAAAUAUUUUUCCAAAACCCAAAAUUCAGCAAGAGGUACAUCAACAUUGUUUUUAUGGUUUUGUCCAAGUCAUGGUCACUGUUAUGGUUUUCAUAUGACCAAUGCAGAAGGCAGAAAAGAUCCAUCAGCCUCCCUUUACUCACAUCUGGAGCAUCCACCCACGGAUAUCUUCUAUGAUUUUGCUUGUAAUCUACAGGAGUAUUGCCUGAACAGAGAAAGUGGCUAUUACCGAUGUGUUCGUUUCUUCCAUGAUAUUUUCCAUGGGUAUUCUCAUAAAUGCUCAUGUGCCUAUAGAUCUUCAAGACUCCAAGGAUUUGACACAAUAAACUCUGAAAUAUGUGAACAAUUCAACAGCUUUAUCCAGUGUAUUAAGUCCUCAGCACGCCAAAUGACCCAGGAACAUUUUUGUUUUUAUCUGCAGUUUUUUUUACAUGAAUGGAAUGAGAGAAAAAGGGAAAAAUAUCAGAAACGAAUUGCAGUGGCAGUUGCUGGAGGUCCAUAACUACCAACAAUACCCAUAAUUAUUCUUCAAAAUGUAAUACCAAAUAAUUUUUCUUGCACAUGGAUAUUUUACUUAAAUGCAAUAUAAUUCUCGUCAUUUACCAAUAUACAUGUAGCAUAUAUAUUUAUAUAUAUAUAGAUAUCUCAAAAAAAAAUUCUGAAUGAUGUAAAAAUUUAUAUCAAUUGCCUUUUGCCUCUUAUAAUGGUAUAAUUAAUGUGUUUUUUAACAGGUAAACCUUGUCACAAACAAUACCUCAUUGAGCAGAUUUUUCAUAAUUCAGUUGUUA